AUGGCGAGAUCAGCAACCGGUCGAAAACACCCUGCCCGCAAGCAGCCUUAUUUUCCUGCGGAUGCCCAAUGUAUGCCUGAUAAUACCCAUCAAGAAGACCCAAGCCCCCCAAUCCGAAAAACUCGAUCAGGAAAAGUGUUCACUGCUCCAGCCGAAGGGGAAACCCAACGUCCCACGCUACGACGUCCUCCCAUCUCUAGAGUCAAAAAGUCAAAGAGAAAAGCACGUGAAGGAAGCUCUUCCGACAGUGAUUAUGAUGUGUCUGAGUCGGAGCCCCCAGAGAGUGACUCUGUUGUGUCGGUCACCGAGUCCAACCAAUCUAAGAGACCCAAGCCAAACUCCAAGCGCAAGAGCAAACAACCAAAGAAGAAAUGUCGCCAAGGCAAAGGCCCAAGCACCUUGACAAAGACAAAACAGCCAGAAACCUCUGCCUUUGACUUUACAUUCCAGACUUCUGGACCCGCGUUCCCAGCAGGCCCUCCGGCAAGAUUCCCGUGGAAUUGCAUUCUACCCGCGCCCAACCAGCCAGCUUCCGCUCUACAUUCUUGUUUCUCCAAAGCUUCCGAUGCUCAACUCAAGUCAAUUCUUAGCUGGGUCGGAGUCCCGGGGGCAGGGAAGGAUCGUGCGGACCUGAUCAAAAUGUGUGUGGCGUAUGCAGCUCUGAUUCGUAAAAUACCUUCCACUUCAGCAAACGCCACUGCCGGACCUUCUGCCCCCUCCAAACAACCUGCCGCAGAUAGAGACGUUGAAGUUGAAACGCAUCGAUCGGCCGGUACCCCAUUCAAACAGGUGUCUACCACCGUGACAGAAAUCAAUACGCCGUCUUCGCUUCCUCGGUUGAACCAUGCUCACGAUUCAGUUGCACCGGACUCACCCCGCCCGCACCAUUCAUCUAAUUCGGCUAUGAGAACGCAUCAAUCAGACCAUGAUCAGCAAACACCCUGUAACGGUGUGGCGUCGUCUGAUCGUGAAGCUACGCCGAGAGGUACCCGAACCGCUUUGCCCGGCCAACCGCUGAUGUCUACCGAAUUCAAAAAAUCAGAUGAUUUUCACAGUCAAAUUCUAGAAAUAUUGACGUCACAUUCGGAAGAUUUAAUGUUGAUUCUGCAGAAUCAGCGCGAGACGAACGAGAAAAUAGACGGUCUUUGGGAACAUCUUAACCAGAAUGCUUCCAAGCGAGCCACACGGAGCCGGCGGAAUCCUAGUGAUGACAAGCAACCAGCAAUCCCCCGCACAGGAACACUCAAGGAGCUUGUCCACCAUCAUUUUCAGGCCCUCUUUGGCCUCCGUCCGCCGCCUGGAAGUCGUGCGCCUCCCAGGGUCCCACCUUUGCCACCUACCGCUGCCGAGAAGAAACGCUGGCUCCAAAACCAGUCUGCUGAUCACGACACUGGAACCCCAAUGUCACAGUCUCAUCGCGAAACAUCCGAACAUAGAUCUUCCCCGGGUCACUCAAAUCUCUCUACCUCAGACGAGGAUAGAGACCCUCAGUACCCUUACCUGGAGGGCCCUGGUCAUCCUGACGCCUCUCAGGAAGAACUGAAAAUUAUGUACAAUAUGCUACGGGAUAAACACAUGCGGCGGUUCCGCAUGGACUUCACUGCUGCUAUGAGCGUACCAAUCAAUCAGUUUUGUUUGACCGUUGCUCGAGACAUCUUCUUAGCGCUUUUGGAAUGCAAAGAGUACGAAGGACUUCACCCAGAAGAACAAAAAUCCGAGGUGAUUUUCGAACAACUCCGGGGGUAUGCCGAAGAUCGUUUGGCGCGAAGUUACCGAGAGUCGAAGUGGCCCUCAGAGAAACAAAGCCAGAAGGCCGCAAAGCAAAAUAGAAACGCCCGAAGAGGAAAUCUUAAAAACCAGCGAAUUCAAACUGCUGUGCAAGUCGGUCUUCAAGGACUCAUUCCAUUAAUCCAAAAGGCUUGUAGCGAUGAUGAGACCGAUGACGAAGUUGAACAAAUCCGAAGUCCAACUUCAAAGAGUCAGGUACAAAAGUAUUGCAAGGUUCGACACCUCCCAUGGCGUAGCAAGGAUCUCACGACAAUAUUUCAAUGGUUGGAUCAACAACGCGAAAUUCAAUCCCAAUCAAAUCCUAAGGGCCGCCAGGGUAACCUCCCACGAAUUCGACGUCGGCCAAUUCCACCAAUCAACAGUACUAUUCCUCCUGGAGAAGGUUUACCAAAGGGAUCAUUUGAUCAGGAAUGGUUAGAUUCCCAAGACACCUUUUCUGUUGAAGCUCUGAAUAUUGUGCAAAACUCUGACACACAUAUCAAGAAAGCACUGAGAAAAGUCAAAAACAAGGGUGCACAGUGA